GAUCGCCGAACCGUGAGAUCCAAUCCAACGGCGACCGCCAACAUCUUCCCCCCAGCACUCCAUCGCCCGCCGCCCGCAGACCUCCCUCCUCCGGCGACCGGCCGCCCCUCGCCGCCAGAUCGGCGCCCCCCACGCCAUCCCCGCCUGCCCCCCCGGCAGAUCUACUACGCGGGCGCUGCCCCACCCCACCCGGCCGACGCCGGUCAUCCCUAGCCACGAUACAUAAUAGAUCAGUCUCUUGUUGGGAAGUGCGAUUAUUUUACUUCCAAUAGAUAGUUUGCUUUUGAGAAAUGGAAUCAUUUUAUCGUCAAUAAGAAUUCUGCUUCUGGGAGCUGGUGAAGAUGACUUGUGCAUAGAUCGAGCUUCAGUCUGAUGGAUUCUGACGACAAGAAGUUUGGCAAAGGACCUAGGGAGCUCACUGGUGCUGUUGAUUUAAUAAGUCAGUACAAAUUGCAGCCGCACCAUGAUUUCUUUUGCAAGAGGCCUUUGCCACUUGCAAUCUCAGAUACACAUUACCUUCACAAUGUUGUGGGGGACACUGAAAUUCGGAAAGGAGAAGGAAUGAAGCUAGACCAACUCGUUCAGAAUGCAUACUUAAGGGAUAAGCCUGCUUAUAUUAAGUCCUUUGAUAUGGAAACACUGGGGCAAGCAUUUCAGCUUCGAGAAACUGCUCCAGUAGAUUUACCCUCUGCUGAAAAAGGUAUACCUACUAUUUCGGGCAAACCGAAAAGUGAGUCCAAGGACAAAGAGAAAAAACACAAAAAGCACAAAGACAAAGAUAAAGACAGGGAGCAUAAGAAGCACAAACAUCGACAUAAGGAUCGGUCUAAAGACAAAGACAAGGACAAGGAUAAGAAAAAGGAUAAGCAUCAUGAGAAGAAGAGGAAGCAUGAGGGGACGGAGGAUUCGGCAGACGUGCAUAAGCACAAAAAAAGCAAGGUGAUGUACAAUUACUAUUUGCUUCCUGGUACAACAAAUUUCCUUGCAGCACAUUUUGUUGGUCUGUUAACAUGACUUAUCUGUGGCAGCAUAAGAGUUCCAAAACCGAUGAGAUGGGUAAUGGACUUAGUUAGCUACAGUUUUCUUCUUACUUCUAUUGUCAAUCAAUGUCAUAUUCUGUUAGAAGGAGGCUCAAAAGGUUUCUGUCACCAGACCUGCUACAGAUCAAUUGAUAUCAUGAAUGGCUGUUUAUUUGAAGGUGCUUCAGAUUAGGGUCUUGCCUGCUGCUAAUUAUGCUGUUCUUGCAGUGUGGACCUUGUGGAAAAUGUAACUUGUAACAUGGGACAAUCGAACUGUAUUUUGCAACUUUUUUGUCCCUCACUGACUAAAUUGGUUGCCUUGUAGGAACAUUUAGAUAGGACUUCUAAUGAGAUUUUCUCUCUUAAGAUUAGGAAAUCUGAAUAGGUGUUUUUUGAUGAGAUAAUUCGUAAGAGUAAGAGCAGCCAGCUAUUUCUUUUAGGUAGGACUUCUAAUGUGAUUUUCUUAAAGGUUAGAACAUCUGGGAAGUUUGUUUGUGAUGA